CCGCAGCCCCCCGCCCCGCUCCCCUCUCCCCUUCCCCUCCUCCCCCUCCUCCUCCUCUUCUUCCUCCUCCCGCGCCCAACAGCGCUGCCGGCCUGCUGCCACCGCCCGGAGCCGCGGAACUGAAGCUUGCUCUUUAAGAGGUGCAGUGCUGUGAAAACUGUUACUGACCAUAGAAAAAUGGACAUGAUGCAGAUACUACGUAAAACCACAGAGCGCUUAGAGUGCGAUCACUGCAACUUCAGAGGAACGGACUAUGAAAACAUACAAAUUCACAUGGGUACCAUACACCCAGAGUAUUGUGAUGAAAUGGAUGCUGCCGGUUUGGGUAAACUUAUAUUUUAUCAAAAAAGUGCAAAACUGUUUCACUGCCACAAAUGUUUCUUUACUAGCAAGAUGUACUGCAAUGUGUAUUAUCACAUCACAGCACAACAUGCAGUGCCUGAGAAGUGGAAUGAGGAGCGGAAAGAACAGGUAGAAGGAGAUUCAGAUUCCUCCAAAAAAAGUGUCACAUCUGAACCACAGAAACCUACACUUUCUCCUGAACUCUCCAGAUCUGAACCUGUUGCUUCUCCCAAGCUUCAGAAAUCAUCAGCAUCCCCGGAGCCCCAGAAGUCUCAGGCGACUUCCUCAGAGUCAGAGAAGUCAGGCAAGGCCAUGUCCCCAGAUCCAGGAAAGUCGGCCCAAGCAGCUUCUCCAGACCCAGAGAAGCUAGCCUCAGCGGUGUCCCCAGACUCUGAAAAGACGUCUGCUUCUGUGUCCCCUGACCCACAGAAACCGUCCCCUGCUGUAUCCCCAGACCCACAGAAGCCAUCUCCUGCUGUGUCCCCUGACCCACAGAAGCCAGCCCCGGCUGUGUCUCCAGAGCCCCGUCGCCAUUCCCCAGCGAUGUCUCCAGAGCCCCGUCGGCAUUCCCCUGCUGUAUCACCAGAGCCGCGUCGCCAUUCUCCUGCUGUGUCUCCAGAGCCCCGCAGAUACUCCCCAGCUGUGUCACCGGAGCCAAAGAAACCUACUCCAGCAGUAUCCCCUGAACCGCGAAGGUAUGCCCCAGCUGGGUCUCCUGAGCCCCGGAGGCAUCCUCAAAUGCGUCGGCCCGCUUCUGCUUCUUCUCCUGAAAACCAGAGGCCUGCUCCAGCAGUUUCACCAGAGUCAUGGAGACCUGGUCCUACUGUUUCUCCCGAGCCCUGGCGAUCGACACCGCAUGAAGUGCAGAAGUCUUCCACAGUUUCUCCUUGGGCUCCGAAGCCUGCCAUGUCGGUGUCUGUAGAAUCCCGGAGGUCUGCCCCUGAGCCCCGAAGGCCUGGCCCCGUUGUGUCGCCAGAACCUAGGAGAUUUGUUUCUGACUCAUGGAAAUCUACGUCCUUUUCUGAAUCCCAGAAGUCUACUCUUGUUUCUUCUGAGCCAUGGAAACCCAUCUCAUCUGUUUACCCUGAAGGCUGGAAACCUGUUCUGUCCCCUGACACGUGGAAGCAUUCUCCCCCUGUUUCUCCUGAGCUUCGAAAAUCCAGUCACACGGUUUCCUCUGACACUUGGAAGCCCUCUUUCUUUACUGAGGUCCGUAAGCCUGGUGCUUCGGUAUCUCCCGAAUCUUGGAAACUCUCUGAGUCCCGGAAAUCUAUGUAUUUUUCUGAAACUCAGAAAUCCACCUGUGCUGCUUCGUCUGAGGUUCAGAAACGGGCUCAUUUCCCUGAACCUCGGAAAAGAGCUCUGUUCCCAGAGUCUCGUAAGUCUAAUCCUACUAUUUCUACUGAUGUCCAGAAACGUGCUGUCUUCUCUGAGCCCCAGAGUCAGAUAUCUACUUCUGCUCUUUCUACUGAAGGCCAAAAACAUACCCUGUGUUCUGAAGCCCAGAAAUCGGCUCUUGUUUCUUCCGAAGUGCAGAAGCAUGGCCUAUUUUCUGAAGCCCAGAAACUUGCUCCCAUUUCCUCCGAAGUUCAGGAGCCUUCUUCCUUUCCAGAGUCUCAGAAGUCUACUUCUCCUGAAGUUCAGAAACAUGGCCUUUUUACUGAGUCCCAGAAACCUACUCCUUCUGUGUCUCCCGAGACCCCCAAACAGGCUGUUUUUACUGACUCCCAGAAAUCUGCUGUUUCCCCUGACAUUCAAAAGCAUGCUUUAUUUUCUGAGAUGCAGAAGCCUGCUGCUGCUUUAUCCUCUGAUGUCCAGAGACAUGCUGAAACUACUGUACCUUCUGAAAUGCAGAAGAACAUCCUAUUUUCCGAGCCUCACAAGUCUGCUCCAGGUUUUUCCUCUGAGCCCCAGACACCUAGUGAGUCUGGUGAGAGUGACUUUCUUUCUCACAGUUUAGAUGAUCAGAAACCACUGGAUGAUUUAUUCUCACAGGAUGAACAAUCAAUAUUAGCCAAAGAAUCACCAGAAGACAUGUUAUAUUCAUGCCCAAAAAAGAAGCCCAAGAAGGAAAACCAGGAGAACUCAGAUUCUGAACUAAAUAUCACUGAGUGUGGAAAAACAGAGAUGGACUCGAUGGAGAUAAAGGAACAAGAAUCUAAUAGUGACCAAGAACAGUAUGAUAUGGAAUCAGCUGAUUAUGGCAAAGAGAGCAAAAUAGAUGCAGCUACUCCCAUGCAGCCACAGUGUGUGCUGCAGUUUACCGAAGAGAAAGAGGCUUUCAUCUCUGAGGAAGAAAUAGCAAAAUACAUGAAGCGUGGCAAGGGAAAGUAUUAUUGCAAAAUUUGUUGCUGUCGUGCAAUGAAAAAAGGUGCUGUCUUGCACCAUUUAGUUAACAAGCAUAAUGUUCAAAGCCCAUACAAAUGUAAAAUAUGUGGCAAAGCAUUUCUUUUGGAGUCUCUUCUUAAAAAUCAUGUUGCUGCUCAUGGUCAAAGUUUGUUGAAGUGUCCACGUUGUAAUUUUGAAUCUAAUUUCCCCCGAGGCUUUAAGAAACAUUUAACCCAUUGCCAAAACCGUCAUAGUGAUGAUACACCUAAAAAACAUUUGGACAACCUUGAACCACUUGAAGAACAAAUUUAAUCUGGUUUUUCCCUUGUCCUAGAAAAGCUGAAUUUACAGAAGUGUUGAAAAGUGUUGCUUAUGUUAACCGAGUAGUUUAGCUGAUCUGACAAGUCAGAAGAUGCAUGGUUUAUUGUACUAUGUUUAACUUGUCUUAUAGCUGUAUUACUGAAAUGAUUUACUUUCUAAAGUCAUUUUAAAUGCGUGUUCAUGUCUUUGUAUUCUACCCGUCAGUAGAGUCAUAUUUUAUUUUUCAGAUGUACUAUGUUUUUGAAACCAAAAUGUACACAAAUUAGUUUUGUAAAGAUUUGUAAAACACAGCAGGCAAUUAAGGACUGGAGUGGCAAGCGAUCCAUAUAUUCCCGCGAAGACUGAACUUUUUUCCACAUUUGUUAAAUGUCGUAUUUUUCAAAAUGUUUUUAUGGAAUUCUUUGAGAAUUCUCAAAUUUAUAAAAUUUGAGAGAUCAAUUAUGGAAAUCUCACCAAAUAGCGAAUAUGAAUGAGCCAGGCAUGAGAAACUCCCGAUUUUUUUUUUUUUCUGGAGUUAAUUCUGCCCUGAAGUUGUAAUUGAGUGUGUAGUUUGUCAGAAACUUAUUGCACUCAGUUCUCUGACUGACUUGUCUCAGAUUUAGAAGCAUCAAGGUACUUAUUUUGUGAUUCUGUAUUUUGGCCAUGUUUUAAGCAUGUACUAAUGUACAUUAAAUUGAUGGAUUAACGUCAGAUUAUGUAUAGCUCAACUCUUUCUCUUGAUGAUUCAGAUGUUUGUAACGUCAGAAGCCCCCUAAAUUUCUUGUAUUUGAUGAAGUGUUAUGCUUUAAUGUUUUAACAAUAAAAAGAAACCCAACCUGGCAUUGACCAUUUUUCUUUUUUUUCCAAAUCAAGAGCAAAACCUCUCCUGUUCAACAUUUUGUCUUUUAAGUAUCUUUGACAACAGGAGUUGCAAAAUUAUCCUGGAGUUCUGCACUCAAUACUUAAGCUUUCUAGUCAUCGGGCUAUGAAAGCGAAGUUAGUCUGAAUUUCCUGUCUGCUUCAGAAAAACACAUCAUGUAUGAAUGAGGUAAACAUGGAAAACAGGAAUUUGUGCCCUGUUACUUAGCAUACUUUUUUUUUGUACUAUUUGCAUAUCAACUGUUCAAAAAAUGUAAGUACUUUAUAACUCAGCAGGAGUUCUAAAUAUUGGCUUAGAAUAUGAAGGUGAUAGUGUUGAAUAAUAAUUAAAAAAU